CUCGCGGUAAAUUCUUUGAGAGAGGAGCACAUCAUCCAGAGCUUGUUUAAGGUGGGUGUGACGCACAACAUCUUUUACAACAGAAGAAGUAACACGAGGAGUUUUUUUUUUUUUUUUUACGUCUGUAAAAUUGACCUGCAGCGCACUCUUAAGAUGGCAACCUUUGAAGAUAUCCAGGUCAAGGAGCUUGACAAGAGGGCCUCUGGCCAGGCCUUUGAGGUCAUCCUGGGUGCUCCUGCCCCAGAUGCCAAGGGUGAAUUCCCCCUGUCUCCCCCCAAGAAAAAGGACGUGUCGCUGGAGGAAAUUCAGAGAAAACUGGAUGCUGCAGAGGAGAGACGCAAGAACCAUGAAGCUGAGGUUCUGAAGCACUUGGCUGAGAAGCGUGAGCAUGAAAAGGAAGUGCUACAGAAAGCUAUGGAGGAGAACAACAACUUCAGUAAAAUGGCAGAGGAGAAGCUCAAUCAGAAGAUGGAGGCCAACAAAGAGAACCGCACAGCACUUAUGGCAGCAAUGAAUGAGAAAUUCAAGGAGAAGGACAAGAAGUUGGAAGAGGUGCGAAAGAACAAGGAAACCAAAGAUGGCUCCGAAGACUGAAGUUUCAAAUGGGGUGUUGUACAGGGUUUUUUACGUAUCCAAAGAUUGAUUUAUUUUUUGUUCGACCAGUAUUUUUGUUGUGUUCACUACCCACCUUUUGGAAAUAACUCCAAGUUCUACUCAAUUUUUCCUGCUAUAAGUGUACUUUCACUGGUUUUACUUGUGGAUCAUUUCCCCCACUUGUUGAGUCUGUUCCAUUUGAUAUGUAGCUUUGUCAGUGCAGCUUCUGCCCUUUUUGGAAAUUUGCAGUGUUUACUCUUUUGUUUAUUAAGGAAGCAUGUUUCUAUGCAUAGGUAUUUUAUCCCUGCCUAUUUCAUAGUGCGUUUUGAAAAACUGUUCCUGUGAACCACACCUGUUCUUGGCACUUACUGUAUAUUGAAAAAAAAAAGUAGCACAAGGUUUGACCAAGGCGUCGGCUGUUAUACAUGCAGGUGUUUCGUGCUCCUUGCACAUCACAGUGUACAUAAACAUGCCAGACAUGGAAAUGGACACCACCUUGACAUCGCUGACCAGUGGGCUACACAUGGCAUGGAAACGAGCAAUACAUGUCCGUCUCAUUAGAUACAGUGGCUAGUUGACUUGAACUGUUGUACUAAAACAAAUAAAAAUGUAAACUCAC